AUGUCACAGCAGCAUGUUUUCUGGCCUAAAGAUUUUAACAUGUGGAAGGAUUACUUCCAGUUGUCCAAGCUAGUCAAGGAAAUGAUGGAACACAGAACUCUGCAGGAGUACAAAUUAUCAGCAGAGCUUCAUUCCCAGAGUUUUAAGGAUGCUACACAGCUGAAUUCACAGAGUGCUUCUGGAGGGACCCCUAUAGGAAACAGAAGUAGUACCAGUGGUAGUAGUACAAAUGGACUAAAACAAGAUGCUUCGGGAUCACAAAACAAUGGGGGAUGUAACUUCUGUAAGCAUAAUGGGGAGUCAAAGGUUUUCUAUUCAUCACAUGUUUUGAAGAAACAAGACGGAAGUAUCAUAUGUCCAAUUCUACGGAAAUAUGUGUGUCCUGUCUGUAGUGCCACGGGAGACUUUGCUCAUACUCUGAGUUACUGCCCAUUCAAUGAAGAAAAGAAUCGCUUGUACAGGAGAUGUGGUCGCAAUUCAGCUGGAAGAAAAUAUAAAAGAUAA